AUGGCAGAAAGGCAUCAGCUGAACCAAGCAAGAGGAAGUCUUGCUUGCUUCCAGAAAAACAGUUUUUUAUCACUCAGAAGUCGGAAUGCACUUUUUGAUUCCUUACUCUUUAUCACAUCUGUUGAAGAAGAAUAUGAAGCUACUGAAGGUGAAGUUCUACUUGAUAAUGAAGAUAAUGAUGGCUGGCGGGUGAGUCAUUGGAAACCAAAAGGGAAUUUGCUAGCUAUGAAGCAUGGAAACGGCACUGAGUCACGUUUCCCAGUGUCGGAAACAUUUCCGACGAGGAAACGAACGGACCGGGCCGUUUCCGAAAAUAUUGAAAAUCGGAAACGCGUUUCCCAACAGAAAAGGAAGAAGAAGAAAAAGAAAAAGAAAGAGAGUACCUUCAACAGCAGUCCAGUCGGCAGCGUCGCAGCGCAGAAGAAGAAGCAGCAGCAGCAGCCACCGAAGGGAGAACGUCGUCGUCGACAGCUUUUUGACUUGCAAACUAGAGCUCAAUUAGAUGCAGAGAUUGCUAGAAUGUUCUACACUGGGGGUUUACCUUUUAAUUUUGCUAGAAAUCCUUAUUAUGUGAGUUCUUAUUCUUUUGCUGCUAAUCAUGUUUUGGGUGGUUAUGUGCCGCCUGGUUAUAACAAAUUGAGAACCACAUUACUUCAGCAAGAAAAAGCAAAUGUAGAGAGGUUGCUUAAACCAAUUAAAAGCACUUGGUUAGAAAAGGGUGUUAGUAUUGUGAGUGAUGGAUGGAGUGAUCCCCAGAGGAGGCCUUUGAUUAAUUUUAUGGUUGUUUCUGAGUCUGGCCCCAUGUUUAUCAAAUCUGUAGAUUGUUCUGGUGAAGUGAAAGAUAAGCAAUUUAUUGCUAAUUUGCUAAAAGAAGUAAUUGAUGAGGUGGGUCAUCAAAAAGUGGUACAAGUCAUUACUGAUAAUGCUUCAAAUUGUAAAGGUGCUGGAGAAAUCAUUGAGGGAAUGUUUCCACAUAUUUAUUGGACUCCUUGUGUUGUGCACACUCUUAAUCUUGCUUUGAAGAAUAUAUGUGCAGCAAAAAAUUUGGAAACUAAUCAAGAAACUUAUGAUGUGUGUCACUGGAUCACUGAAAUCCAUGGGGAUGCUUUGCAAAUCAAGAAUUUUAUAAUGAAUCAUUCUAUGAGGCUUGCAAUUUAUAAUCGGUUUAGCCCUUUGAAAUUGCUUUCAGUUGCUGACACUCGUUUUGCUUCUAUUGUUGUGAUGCUUAAAAGAUUUAAACUUAUUAGGCGUGCUUUAGAAGCAAUGGUUAUGAGUAAUCAAUGGGCACAAUACCGAGAAGAUGACCAAAGCAAAGCUAGAUUUGUUCGUGAUAAAGUGGUAGAUGAGGAUUGGUGGGAAAAGGUUGAUUACAUCAUUGCUUUUACUGGGCCCAUUUAUGACAUGAUCAGAGUUUGUGACACAGAAAAACCAUGCCUUCAUUUGGUUUAUGAGUUGUGGGAUUCUAUGAUUGAAAAGGUGAAGCAAGUUAUUUUUGAUCAUGAAGGAAAGCAAGCAGAUGGAUUUUAUAGUGAAAAAUGGCUUCAAGAGGGAGAAGGUAGAGUGCCUCCUCAUAUGGAUGGAGAAGUAUCAACUGAGAGAAUUAAAUGCUUUAGGAGGAUUUUUUCUAAUGAAGAUGAGCGAAUAAGAGCAAAUGAUGAAUUUGUAAAUUUUUCUUUGAAAAGUGGACCUUUUGCUGAUCCUGAUUCUAUUGGAAGUAUGUAUGUUACAGAUCCUAGGAAAUGGUGGGCAUAUUUUGGUUCUAAUGCACCUUUACUUCAAAGGCUGGCUUUUAAAGUGCUUGGACAACCUACUUUCUCCUCUUGUUGUGAAAGAAAUUGGAGUAUUUAUUCCUUCAUUCAUUCAUGCAGAAGGAAUAAAUUAACUCCAAAACGUGCAGAGGACUUGGUUUUUAUCCAUAAUAAUCUUCGUCUUCUGUCGAGAAACUCCUCCCAAUAUUAUGAUGAGAAGACAAAAUUGUGGGAUGUUGGUGGUGAUCAAUUUGGGAGUAUGGAAGAUGUGGGAGUUCUUGAAUUUGCCAACCUUUCAUUGGAUGAACCAGAGUUAGAGUCUGUUUUGUUUGAUGAAAAUGCAACUACAAGCAUGGAGAAGGAGAAUGAGAAAGACAGUGAAGUUGAGGAAAUGUCAUAA